AUGCUUAAAAUAAAUAGGAUUAUCCACUCAUUCACAGUCGCGAACGCCGUAUGAGUGAUCCUGACAGUUGCCGGUGAAUUCAUUUCAUGCGAAACAUUUCAGCUAAUCGCAAUUCGUUGCUGUUCCACAUAUUCCCCAGUUUUUCCGACGUUUUUCCGAGGAUAGUUGCCACAAAAACGUACGAAUUUUACACCUUAUAACUUCAAGCGAAAUUCAGCAAUCUCUUGGGUAGGGACACCGUGUAUCAAUUCGUUCGCAAGGUUUUCAGAUGGCUGAACCUUGGAAAGGUCCGGAGAAGCAGGGUUUGUAUGAUCCCCAGUUCGAGAAAGAAGCCUGUGGAGUUGGAUUCAUUGCUAAUAUUGAGGGAAAUUCGAGUCAUAAAAUACUUCGAGAUGCCCAGCGUCUCGCAAUUUCCAUGAACCAUCGUGGCGCAUGCGCUUGUGAUAAUGAUACUGGUGAUGGAGCUGGAGUGCUGACGUCCAUUCCACAUGAAUUUUAUGCAAAUAGACUCAGAGAUGAACAGAAUGUGGAGCUUCCCCCUUUCGACAGAUAUGCUACAGGCAUCUUUUUCCUCGAUAAACUACAUCACCAAGAUUCGGAGGCAAAAUUUGGCGCUUUGGCGAAAGAAUUGGACCUGUCUGUACUGGCCUGGCGUUCUGUACCAACCGACAAUUCCUCCAUAGGCACAGUAGCAAAAAAUACUGAACCACUCAUGAGACAGGUAUUUGUGGCACCCAAUAAUCCUGACAUCGAUGGAGAUGAACUCGAUAGAAAAAUUUUCAUCCUGCGCAAACAAGCUAGUCACCAAAUUCCUGGUCCUGCAAAAAGAUUCUAUAUCUGUUCCCUCAACAGAAAAACUAUUGUGUAUAAAGGACAAUUCACCUCCGAUCAACUAUGGUCAUAUUUUACUGAUUUAGCCGAUCCGAUGUACACUGCCUAUUUGGCUCUCGUUCAUACCAGAUUUUCAACUAACACUUUUCCUAGUUGGGAAAGAGCCCAUCCAUUAAGGAUGUUAGCCCAUAAUGGAGAAAUCAAUACAUUGAGAGGAAAUGUAAAUUUCAUGAAAGCAAGAGAGGGAGUGAUGUCCAAUAAGGAAUUUGGUGAUACGUUGAAAUCUCUUUAUCCUGUUGUUGAACCGAAUCUAUCAGACAGUGGUUCAGCUGAUUGUGUACUUGAAUUUUUAGUACAUGCUGGAAAUAGGAGUCUCCCAGAGGCAGUCAUGACAAUGGUACCAGAAGCUUGGCAGAACGACCCAACAAUGUCUGAAGAGAAAAAAAAUUAUUAUCAUUGGGCAUCCUGCAUCAUGGAACCAUGGGAUGGUCCAGCAUUGAUUUCAUUCACCGAUGGUCGCUACAUUGGUGCUAUUCUCGACAGAAAUGGUCUUCGCCCUUCAAGAUUUUACAUAACAAAAGAUAACACUCUUAUUAUGGCGAGUGAGGUUGGUGUAUAUGACGUAGAUCCUGCCGAUGUGGUUCUAAAAAGUAGGCUGAAACCAGGAAGAAUGUUGUUGGUGGAUACUACCGCAAAAAUGGUAAUACAGGAUGUGGAAUUGAAGAAGAAAAUCGCCAAAUCUAGGCCGCAUGGAGAGUGGUUGAAAGAGCAAAUGAUUUCUAUGGAUGAACUUCGAAAAGCUCAUUUGGAUAGUGGCCAUGGUACUAAACCCAAAUACGAACCCAGCGGUUUAACGGAUAAGAGACUACCUUUAUAUGGGUAUUCAACAGAAACCAUUCACCUAUUGCUAUUGCCAAUGAUCAAUAACAAGAAGGAAGCUCUUGGAAGUAUGGGCAACGAUGUUCCCUUAGCUUGCCUUUCGAACUUCGCACCUUUAACCUAUGAAUACUUCAAGCAACUGUUCGCACAAGUUACAAAUCCUCCCAUCGAUCCCUUCAGAGAAAAGGUUGUUAUGUCUCUUCAGUGUCCUAUUGGUCCCGAAGAGAAUAUAUUAGAACCUAGCUCUAAACAAGUUCACAGACUAUGGCUGAAGCAACCUGUGAUAUCCAUUGCUGAUAUGGAUGUAUUGAUUCAUACCAAGCAUCGCUCGUGGUCAUCACAUGUUAUCGACAUAACUUUCCCUGCAAUGGAAGGUACUGCUGGAUACCUGAAGAAGCUGCAGGAUAUUUGUGAUGAAGCAAAUGAAGCUAGUCAGACGAAUCAAAUCAUUAUACUAUCAGACAGGAAUGGUGGUGCAGACAGAGUUCCCAUCAGCAGUUUGGUAGCAUUAGGUGCUGUCCACCAUCAUUUAAUAGAAACACGCUCUAGAAUGAAAGUGGCAUUGGUGAUAGAAACAGCCGAAGCAAGAGAAGUACAUCACAUUUGUGUGAUGUUAGGAUAUGGUGCUGACGCAAUAUGUCCUUAUUUGGCCCUCGAAUUAGCUUCAAGCCUUCGAGAUCAAGGAAUACUCGACACAUCCUUAUCCGAUGAAGCAAUUUAUCAGAAUUACGCACUGGCAAUGCAAACCGGUAUCAGUAAAGUUAUGGCUAAGAUGGGUAUCUCAACCUUGCAAUCAUACAAGGGCGCCCAAAUUUUCGAAGCUGUUGGUUUGGCCGAGGACGUCAUCGAUAAGUGCUUCAAAGGUACCCCAUCAAGAAUAGGAGGAGUCAAUUUGGAGAUGCUAGCACAGGAGGCUCUCAACAGACAUCAAAAUGCUUACAACAAUCAAGUGGACUCUUUGGUACUCAGAGAUGCUGGAAACUACCAUUGGAGAGCAGGAGGGGAAAAACAUCUCAACGAACCUGCUAGCAUUGCUGCUCUUCAGGAAUCGGCCAUAAAUAACAAUAAAUCAGCAUACGAAAAGUUUCGAGAAUCAACUAUGGAAUCCGUGAGAAAUACUAUGCUAAGGGGACGGUUAGAACUUCGGACACAAAACGAACCUCUGCCAAUUGAAGAAAUCGAACCUGCUUCCGAAAUAGUGAAAAGAUUCGCCACAGGAGCCAUGAGCUUUGGUUCUAUCAGUUUGGAAGCUCAUCAAACAUUAGCCAUGGCUAUGAAUAAAGUAGGAGGAAAAAGUAAUACUGGAGAGGGUGGUGAAGAUCCGGAAAGAUACCUCGAUCCAUCCAAACGUUCCGCAAUAAAACAAGUAGCUUCUGGAAGGUUUGGAGUGACUUCUUCUUACCUAGCACACGCUGACGAUUUGCAAAUCAAGAUGGCGCAGGGAGCUAAGCCAGGUGAAGGCGGUGAACUACCUGGGUAUAAGGUAUCUGUUGAAAUAGCUAAAACCAGACAUUCAGUAGCAGGAGUUGGCCUCAUAUCUCCCCCACCCCAUCAUGAUAUUUAUUCCAUAGAAGAUUUGGCAGAAUUAAUUUAUGAUUUGAAAUGCGCUAACCCGAAUGCUCGUAUAUCCGUGAAACUGGUAUCUGAAGUAGGAGUUGGUGUGGUGGCAUCCGGGGUUGCUAAAGGCAAAGCGGAACAUAUCGUUGUGUCUGGUCAUGAUGGAGGCACAGGUGCAAGUUCUUGGACUGGCAUCAAAUCUGCUGGUCUUCCUUGGGAACUAGGAAUAGCAGAAACUCAUCAAGUUCUCGUAUUGAACAAUCUCAGAUCGAGAAUUGUUUUGCAAGCCGAUGGCCAAAUCAGAACGGGUUUCGAUGUCGUCGUAGCAGCAAUACUUGGCGCAGAUGAAAUCGGUUUCAGUACCGCACCGUUGAUUGUGAUGGGAUGUACGAUGAUGCGAAAAUGUCACUUGAACACUUGUCCAGUAGGAAUUGCAACUCAGGAUCCAGUACUUAGGAAAAAAUUCUCGGGACAGCCCGAACAUGUCAUAAAUUAUAUGUUCAUGUUAGCAGAAGAAGUUAGACAACAUAUGGCUAAUCUAGGUGUUCGUUCAUUCCAAGAGUUGAUUGGUCGCACAGAUCUUCUCAAAGCAUCUGAAACUGGUUCAGCCAAGUCAAGAAUGCUCAAUCUCAAUUUGAUAUUGCAAAACGCAAGUCACAUGCGGCCUGGUGUAAACAUCAAGGGCGGAUCAGUAGCGCAAGACUUCCAACUUGAGAAUAGAUUAGAUAACAAAUUGAUCGAAUUAUCAAGACCACUGUUGGAGGGCAAACAAAAUGCUGUUACGAUCGAAAUGAACAUCAACAACGAAUGUAGAGCAUUUGCAUCCACAUUAUCUUACGAGAUUUCAAAAAUAUAUAAUGAGGAAGGCUUACCAGAAGGUAAACACAUUUGCAUUAAACUGAAGGGUUCGGCAGGGCAGAGUUUUGGAGCUUUCCUCGCCAAAGGUAUCACCAUUACCCUAGAAGGCGACGCUAAUGAUUAUGUUGGAAAGGGUCUUUCUGGUGGUACUAUUGUGAUCUAUCCACCAAAAGUUUCUCCUUUUGAAUCUCAUCUAAACGUGAUAGUUGGAAAUGUUUGUUUAUAUGGUGCUACGUCUGGAAGAGCCUACUUCAGGGGCAUUGCUUCUGAAAGGUUUGCUGUCAGAAAUUCAGGUGCAACUGCAGUAGUGGAAGGAGUUGGUGAUCAUGGCUGUGAAUACAUGACUGGAGGAUUCAUCCUCAUUCUAGGAUUAACUGGCAGAAAUUUCGCUGCUGGUAUGUCUGGAGGUAUAGCUUUCGUUUGGGAUAUAGAUGGUAAAUUCUCGACUAGAUGCAACCCUGAAAUGGUUGAACUUUGCAAAUUGGAAGAAAGGGAAGACGUUUCGUUCGUAAAGACGCUGUUGAAAGAAUUCAAAGAGCUAACUGGUAGUAUCGUGGCUGAGCAACUAUUGAACGAUUUCGAUAAUAAAGUGAGAGAGUUCGUCAAAGUAUUUCCCUACGAUUACCAACGAGCCCUGCGACAAAAGAUGGCUGAAUCUCAACUCACCAAUGGGUUGAAUCAUGAGCCAAAAAUUCGCGAUAUAGAAGAUGUUUUGGUUGAUCCAAAGAAAGAUAAUGUGUUGGAUAAAACUAAAGGUUUCAUGAAGUACCCAAGGGAAACAAGUAUAUAUCGCCCAGCGGAUAAACGUAUGAAGGAUUGGGAUGAAAUUUAUAAUUUCCAGCAUGUAAGAAAAGGUCUUCGAGUUCAAGCUGCAAGAUGUAUGGAAUGUGGUGUUCCAUUUUGUCAGUCCAACUCACAUGGUUGCCCUCUUGGUAACAUUAUUCCGAAAUGGAAUCUGCUAAUUUAUCAAAACCAGUGGAGACAGGCACUCAACCAACUAUUACAAACGAACAACUUCCCAGAAUUUACAGGAAGAGUCUGUCCGGCACCUUGUGAAGCAGCUUGUGUUCUUGGUAUUUCCGAGCCUGCUGUAACCAUAAAGAAUAUCGAAUGUUCCAUCAUUGACCAUGCUUUCGAAAAUGGAUGGAUCACGCCUCAAAUACCUCAAGUAAGGACUGACAAGAAAGUCGCCAUUGUUGGUUCUGGGCCUGCUGGUCUUGCUUGUGCUAGCCAGUUGAACAAAGCGGGUCAUAGUGUGACAGUAUUUGAGAGAAACGAUAGAGUAGGAGGUUUACUUCAGUAUGGUAUUCCAACAAUGAAAUUAAGUAAAGCAGUGGUAGAACGAAGAGUAGACUUAUUGGCAGCAGAAGGGAUUGUUUUCAAAACCAAUGUAAAUAUUGGAAAAGAUAUAUCAGCUACCGAUUUGAGUAAAGAGUAUGACGCAGUUGUUUUAUGCACGGGAGCUACAUGGCCCAGAGAUUUGCCAUUACCAGGCAGACAACUCGGAGGCAUUCACUUCGCAAUGGAAUUUUUAGAGAAUUGGCAGAAGAAACAGCUAGGAGCUAAUCGUGAUGGGCCAAUAGCCAAAGAUAAAAAUGUUAUAGUUAUAGGAGGAGGAGAUACAGGCUGUGAUUGUAUUGCAACCUCUCUCAGGCAAGGGGCCGCCUCAAUUGUUACAUUCGAAAUAUUACCGGAACCUGGACCAAAAAGAUCUCAAGACAAUCCUUGGCCUCAGUGGCCGAGAAUUUUCAGAAUUGAUUAUGGACAUGAAGAAGUGAGAACGAAAUUUGGACAGGACCCACGUGUUUUCAGUAUUAUGACACAGGAAUUCAUCGACAACGGUAAAGGCCAAGUGAGCGGUAUUAAAACCAUAAAUGUUGAAUGGAAGAAAGAUGACAGUGGAAGAUGGCAGAUGGUUCAAGUUCCUGGCACUGAAAAAGUAUUUCCCGCUGACCUCGUUCUUUUGGCAAUGGGUUUCUUAGGUCCUGAAAGGGCUAUCGGAGAUCAGUUAGAAUUGUCUUUGGAUGCAAGAUCCAACUUUAAUACGAAGAAUUAUCAAACAGAUGUCUCAAAUGUUUUCGCGGCAGGAGAUUGUAGAAGAGGCCAAUCCUUGGUUGUGUGGGCCAUAUCAGAAGGAAGGCAAGCCGCUCGAGCCGUUGAUGAAUACCUCAUGCAAAGUCCGUCCUCCUUACCAGGACCGGGAGGUAUAAUUCAACCGAAAGUCGAAACUGUUCAGGCCUAAAUGAACCAAUUUUUCUGUAGAUUAUAAAUCAAGCUUUAGAUGGAUGUGAUCGAUAUUGUUGGAAAUUGUGCCAUUUUAAAUGUACUUAAAUUGAUUUCGAUCGACGAAUACAGUUGGGAAGUCGUUACUUCGAUAGUUCAAAAGACAAUAAUUUGAAAUUAUGUGAUUGGAAAUUCUAGCAGAAGAUAAAUUUCAAUCGAUGAAUGCUUCAUUCAGAGAUAUUUAUAUUUGAAAAAUCAAUUACAAAAAAAAUUGAAAUGAGUAGAUGGUCAAUUUGAGCUGGCUAUGUGCUACUCACUAGUUCUUUUCAUAAAUACUGAACGUUUUUAAUUUUCGUUGCGCAACUUAUUCCCACAAUUUCUUAGAUGAAAUUCAUCCACCACUUCAAGACUUUCAGUUUGGAUUCAUUGGGCAUCCCAGCAUAAUUUGUGGUUGUGAUAAGCCUACCAUUAGCAUUAGUAUUCUUAAUAAAUAUAUUUAUUCAAAACCUAUGUUCAUGAUUAUAUUUAAGAUAAAAAACCUUUAAAAUGA